UGUCCUUUACCUCUCACACAGCUGAGCCUGUAUUGUUUAAUUGGGCUUGUGUAAAUAUUGUAUCAUUUCCUCUGGCAAUCACAAGUCUGGCCAAGUCUGCCAGCUCAUCCAAUCCAGGCCUGCUCGUCUUGCAGCAGGAAGCCUGAUCCAUCCACUUCUGCUCGAUUUGUGGCUGCUUUGUGUCACUGGAACGUGGAUCUGCUCACACAUUUAAAGCAAAGCUCACAGAAAUGCUGAAUUCUGCCAUGCUUAUUCAGACUUAAAAAGGACCUGAAUUCUGAAGCUGAGAGGUUCCACAGAGAAAUGCAGGCUGAGCCCUCUCUUUUGAGACUCCACGGGCAGUGUGAACGGCGUGGACAUGCUCAAAGUGCACUGCAGCCACCCACACCUGAUAGUGCAGCUCAAGUUCUGCAAACAGGAGAACUGCCGCCACUUCCUGCGCAGCUACCGCGAAGGAGCCCUCCGGGAGGCCCUCCAGAACCACCUCCAGCUCUCCCUGGCCAUCACCGCCGUGCCUCUGGAGAUGGAGCUGAAGGCUGGCAACGAGCACCUGGACAGCAUGCUGAAGGAUGAGGAUCGCUGCCUGGAGUACAUCUACAGGGAAAAGCCCGACCGCCUGCGGGACGAGGAGAUCACUGAGCUGGAGGAACGUCUCAAGGGCCUCAUGAUUCACCAGAGCACCAGCAACAGUAUACCUGUAAAUGACUGCACGUCUCUCGACUCCCCAUCUCUACCUUGUCCUUCUCAAGGCAGCUCCCUUUCCCCACAAGUCACCUUCAUCUUUCAAGGACAACAGUUCGCCAACAGAACGCUCACACCGGACGACCACCAGAAAUUUGCCAAGCUGGUGUCCAAGAAGUGGAAGCAAGUGGGUCGCUCUCUGCAGAAGAGCUGCCGUGCCCUGCGUGACCCUGUCAUCGACAGCCUGGCCCUGGAGUACGACCGGGAGGGACUCUAUGAACAAGCCUAUCAGCUGCUCCGCAAAUUCAUCGAGUCAGAGGGCACAAAGGCCACAAUAGCGCGGCUCGUCGCAGCUCUGGAGGAAAACGGUCUCAUCAGCUUGGCUGAGGAGCUCCUGGGCCUCCAUUCCAACGAGGACUGCUCCUAGAGCCCGGAGGGUAGUGGCAUUGCCAAGGGCUUUCUUGCUUUAGCUAGUGUAUGAGACUGCUGCCAGGGUCUGGGAAUGUCCUGAAAAGCACUGCAGCUUUCCAUGGAGGUGGCAAUGCCCAGGGGAGAGGUUCCGUGCUCGCACGGGCCAGCAAGGGCCUCUGAUGUUCCUUAUUUCAUUCCAUUUCCUGAAGUCAGCGUUACCUUCUGUGAAGCUGGUGAGAGAGGCCUUCAGCCUGACUUGUCUCAGGACUGAAAUGCCACAGGGAAGGAGCCAGAGAGCUCUAGGGGAGGGUGGGAGAGAGGAGAAAAGCAGGGAAGACACCUUCCUUCGGAGCAUGUCUCCAGGAAGCAGACCAUGGCAGUGUUUCUCAGUGGCACUGGAGAGCUGCAGUGUAGUUUUAUAUUGAAGACAUUCAUGCCCUCAGGCAUUACAUCAAGCAAAGACACAGGGGAAAUUAAAGAAAAGUCAAUUUUAUAGCAUUUUCUUCCUUUGUUCUUCAAAUGAGGAACAUCCAUGGCAAGUCCUGCCCUGCCUUCUUCCCACUUCUCACCACCUUUUACCAGGGACACUCGUAAUCUUCCACAGAGCCCAAGGUGGCUGCUGUGGAGCAAGUUUCAGGAACUGAACAAGCAAUAUGGACAAACACAAAUUCAGAGAAUGAUUCCCAACUUUUUUCCUGACAAUAACAUACUGAGUGCAUCCUGCUUUGCUCUUUCCCCACCACAAGGGAGCCUGCACCUGGGAAAAGCAACACACCGUGCUGGAAGGAAGGGAGACCCCUGCUGAGCAGCUCACCUGUGGAUCAUUGAUUGGAACUGCUGCUCAGAUACCAUCUCGGCUCCAGCCCACAGCACUGAGCAGUCACUUCUGAAGGCUGCUAGUGCCUUCUCUCCUUUCUGAACCCCCUGCCCUCGGCCUGCCAGGCUCCCUGGAGAGGACAGCUCAUGCUGUUGUGUCUCACGAGUGUCAGAAUCCACACAGAGCCUUUCCCUGGUGCUGUUCUGUUCCUGGAUUUACCUGAUUUUGAGGGUAAAACUGGCUUAAAAAGACAAAGCAGCCAAACCUCAGGGCUGACUCAUGGUUUCAGUUCUGGUGGGAGAAGCUGACUGACUCCUCCAACAGAGCAGAGUUUACACCUUUGCCCACAACAAGGCCCAGAGCAACAAGUGGCCAGCAUCCCCUGGGUCCUGUGAAGCACAACAGCAGCUUGAUCACCUCUGACAUGUUCCCUCUGCUUUCCUGACAUGUUUUCACUUACCCUUUAGUUCUAUCACACCCAUGUCUUGGAAGCUUUCAGAUGCAGAGAGUGGCUCUGCCAGCACAUACGAAGCCUGUGUGUGCCACUGGCCAUCAGGGCAGGACCAGCUCACAGGCAGAGUAGCUCUCAUGGCCUUUUAAACCACAACAGCUCACAGCUUAACCCUUCCUGGAGUCAAAGCUCUAAUUCAGUCAGGAGGGACACAACGUGGGAUUCGGGUGUGGGCUCUGAACCCGGCUCCCUGGGGCUGCUCCCUCAGCUUCUGCUAAACUGCAUGCUGGGAGCAGCAGGUAACUGAGGCCCCGGGUUAGGAGCCUGAUUCAGAUGGGCAGCUGCUUCCCACGUGCCUCAGGUGAGCUGAACAGCACAUUCCUCAGGGAAAGCCUGCGGAACCUGGCUUCUUUUCUGGAGAUUUCAAAUCCCCAAGGCUACACAGACAGUGUGGAAGGGAAAUGGAGGGGGUUGGAGAGAGUGUUUUCAGGGUGGGAGUGAAUCUGUUUCCACCCUGCUCUUGCUGUCAGAGAAGCAAGACUCCAUGCAGGCAGCAUCUCUACAAAGCCUGUGGCUCUGUGGCAUUUUAAGCUAUUCUAUGUCAGUGCUGUUGCAGUCUCAUCUCCCUCAUUCCUGCUCCAUGCUCUACCCUCUCCCUCUCCCAGCACUCUUCCCAAAAAGAAGCACUUCUCUGACAGUUCUGCUUUUGGGAGCAGCACAGCCAUGCUGAUGUUGGUUUAGGCUGUUGUGGAAUCCACACCUCAAAGCAUUUCGCUCUCCUGCCAGCUCCCAGCUGGGGAACUGUGUCUGGCACCAACCCACCUGGCACAUGGUGUUUGUUUUAAAAACAAGAAUCAGAAACUUGAAAAUGAUUGUAACAGCAAGAGAGUUUGCUCUUGGUCUGGAAAAGAAGAGGGGGCUUGUUUUAAAGAACAAGGUCGUGCUCACAGGCUGCCGACUCCUUUGUCAUGAACAGUUCUGAGCUCUCCCAGUUCAUGUGCUUUACUUUCAGGUACAGUGAGGAGGCAGCCACUGAGUAAUGACAACUGCUAGGUUUUAUAGCAUCUAGUAAUGCUCAAAAAUGAGAAAGGCUUAUUAUUCAGCAUUUACUUCAAAUCCAAAGAACCUCUUUGCUGCUACAACUCAGUUACAGAGGACUAAGCACAAAUGCUUUUUUGUCUUAAUGCAAACCUUGUGCAUUUCAUCCCUCUGCCAGCAGCUGGCACGUGUGUUUCCUCUUACUCACAGACUCCCUCUCAAAAGGGACAUUAAGUGCUCCUGGCAGCCUCUCUGGAAUAUCAUCAUCUUUAACAGCGUUCACAGGUGCCUUCAUUGCAGCAAACUCAAAGGAAAAGGGUUUUCCAGGGAUACUCUGUAGGGGAAUUGUCUCGAGCACAUAGUGUGGUUUGGGACUGUUUGAUACCUUCUUAUCCGUGGUUUGGCAGCAGCAGCAGCAGCAGAUGCAAGGAGAACGUGAUUCUGGUCUCAAGUGGGCUCCUUCCUGCUAAAAGAGGGGAGGGGUGUUAAUAUCAUCUGGCACAAACAGAGAAGUUUCACAGCAGUCUUAGCAUUAGCUAGAUCAGUUAGAUCAUGUACAUGAUGGCAUUUGCAUUGAUUUGGUAUCUGGCUGGGGCUUGACUCUCACUUGACUUUUGUUUUACCCCGAAGAUUUCACAGCAGUUUUACACCACUGUGCAAAGACGAGGGCAGCUGACAUCAGGCAGGGAAGGCAGUGGCACUCACAGAGAUCAAAACAGUACCAGGGGUUUGUUGAAAGAAUCAGAGCUAUGUCUUUCCCUCAGAGAGUCCUGCAAUGAGCUGGCUGGUGGGGAUAUGUGCUGCUACACCACUCUCUCCCAGCACCUCCAGUGCCUCCUUCUUUGUCUCUGCAGGGUUAGUUAUGUCUGUCCCUCAGAGAGUAAUGCAGUGAGCUGGCUGUUGGGGAUAUGCACUGCUACACCACUCUCUCCCAGCACCUCCAGUGCCUCCUUCUUUGUCUCUGCAGGGUUAGUUAUGUCUGUCCCUCAGAGAGUCCUGCCAUGAGCUGGCUGUUGGGGAUAUGUGCUGCUACACCACUCUCUCCCAGCACCUCCAGUGCCUCCUUCUUUGUCUCUGCAGGGUUAGUUGUACACAUAUUGCACCUAUCCAGAUGCCAGAUGUGCAGGCAACGCUCCCUUACUGCUGCUUACAAUGAUUAGCUAAUGUCUAGUGUAGUGAGACAAGGCAUGGGCAGUACUGCUGGUGGUGGACUUGGCUUUAUCCCAUAACAGAAAGUCUCUAUGCAAUGAGACACAUCUGGGAAAAACAGCAAGUAUUUUUGGGGUGGUGAUGGUGUUUCAGAACCAAACAUGAUGUUAAAGGCAAAUAGAGAUGUUAAUCAGUCACAUAUAAGAAAUGAAAUAGACAAAAUAUUAAACAAACAGCAGCAACCAGACCAAAAUGUGCUUCCAGGAAGGGAUCCAAAAGGGCUCUUGCUGUGGUACAGGUUGUUUUUGUAGUUUUAGCAACAUUCAGCUCUGAAGUGGGCUCCUUACAGUCUGCCAGAAGGAAUAAAAGCUCCAUCCAAAGGAGAAUGGCAAUGAUUUGCUUUGGCAUAGCUGAGCUAAAGCCUUCAGAUGGAGAACAGCACUGAGGAGAGUGAAUGGGGAACAGGCAGCCGCUCGGAGUGAGGCACCUGACAGGAGUGAACCUGAGAGUUCACUCACAUCAAAUGUUCACAUAACUGAUAUGAAAUUGUCACAAAGGGAAAUGUUAAACUGCCCUGGAGGCCAGAGUCAGUGGAAGGCCAACUUUAACCCUCUUAGAUGCUUGUAAAAAGAGACUAUUAUAGAUGAGUUCAUCUGCUAAGACCACGAGGCACCACCAGGACAGGCAGGGAAGGUGCUCUCCUGCAGCAGCUUUGGUUCCCUCAACUGCUGACAGGGCAUCUGUUUGUCAGGUGAAACCAGUACCUGGCUCAAAACCAAGGCAAGGGUUCUGCAUUGUUGAGGGGAAGUGCUUAAAAAUCAUGGGACAGAACUUAAAGGGAUCAUAAAGUUUUCCUCCAGAUUUUCAUAGUAAGUCAAACUAAACCUUGCAGCAGCCCCUUCCAGGUUUCCAUUUGCAGCUUCAACCCUUCCACUGAAGGGAUGGAUACCUGGAUCCUUCUGAAUGCAACCCAGGGCACAAAUGUCACAGCACUGCAGGUUAGAGCUUUAUGAAAGGAGAGGCUCCAAAGUAAACCAGUUUGCUGGAGUUUUGUAUCUGGAAGGCCUCAGAACUGUAUCUGUUUCAAAAUCUGGGCAGAAUUUUGGAUCCAUUUCAAAACUGAGGUAGAAAACAGAAUCUGUUUUCUGUAGAAAACAGAAUUGUCAAGAUACAGGAAACAUAAGGGCAAAACUCCUUCAGAGAAGGCAUUGAUGUGGACACUGCCCCAGACACUGCUGUGUUCCCAGUGAGAAAUUGGCAGGGGGCAGGUCCUUACCUGCUAGUUUUGCCAUUCAAUUCAACAAGUGUUUCAGCACUGUCUUCCUGGGUCACCAUGGAACCACCUCUGAGGCACAGGCUCUAAGCCAAAAGGGAGCACAUACAGCAAUGAGGAGCCUCAAACUCACCUCAACUGCUUGCUGUAGUUCAACUGAAAGUUCUGGUAUAGCCCCCAGCCUCUGCUUUUGCACACCUACACACUGAAGAGAUACCACAAUGGAAGUCAGGAGGGUUUUUUGAGUCCAAGCCACGUAUCAGGGUGUUCCCAUGAAAUUGGUGAGCUGCAGAGUCUCAUGCCAGGCAAGGGUCUGGCCAUUUGUCUUUCAUUCAAGGCUGAGCUGGAAGAGCGAGGCAAUUUAAGGCAAACUGUCAAAAACCAGAGUUGUGUUUCUUCUCUGGAUUGAAUUUUAAAGCCACUGGAGGGAUUUGGCCCUUUUUACAUCUCUAACUGUAGGAGAUGUGUGGUGAAGUCCUUUAGUCAUCAGUGGAACGAUCCCUCGCUGACCUUCUGAUUGCAAACUGCUAUGGACCAGCCACCUGCAGCCAGGGACUGCAGUGCCAGGUGCCCCCAGCUCCAGGACACCCAGCCUCCAAGGAGUUGUCUUUUCUAGGAAAAAGCACUUUGGUCUAUUUUUUUCUCUCCAUUUCUCUUUUGUAAUAAAUAAAUAAUAAAUGCCUUUGA